UUAGAUCCAUUGCCUUCUACAGCGGAUAUUCAUCAAGGUAAGGGACAUUUUGAGCAAAAUGAAGCAGAAGAUGGUGCUUACGACGAAAAUAGUAAAGGCCAAGUGCUUCUUGAACAAGAGAGGUUCUUGCCAAUAGCAAACAUAUCCAGAUUAAUUAAAAAUAUGAUUCCUUCUACUGGCAAAGUAGCGAGAGAUGCAAAAGAAUGCAUUCAGGAAUGCGUAUCUGAAUUCAUAUCGUUUAUAACCUCAGAAGCUAGUGAAAGAUGCAUUAAUGAAAGACGUAAAACAAUUACUGGUGAAGACCUUCUCGCAGCUCUUUCUGCCUUGGGAUUCGACAAUUAUGUGGGACCAUUGACAGUUUAUAUGAAAAAGUUAAUUUUGUUUAAUUCUGCUUUUUUUUUUAAAAAUCAGCCAUCAAAUGUUGUGAUCGAAUAA